UUUUGCUCUUGUAGGUGGCCUUAGCCAUACUGUGUGGGAGAAUUCAUGGAGAGCAGAAAAGAAGAACUUUGGAAAAUGAAACCUCGGGGAACUCCAGAAGAAGAUGACUAUCUGAACAAGGACGCAGGCGAGAGCCGCACGCCGGGAAGACCUGGGCUCCCGCGCAUGCACCAAGCAGCCCCCGCACAGGACGUGGACUAUCCCCCAGAACUGCAGCACACGCAGGCGCUCUUUCCAAAAUGGCGCUUGCCCCUUAAGAUAGCUGCUCUUACCUCAUCGCUGACCUUCCUGUACACUCUGCUGAGGGAAAUAAUCCACCCUCUAGUCACUUCCCAUCAACAGUAUUUUUACAAAAUUCCAGUCCUGGUCAUCAACAAGGUCCUGCCAAUGGUCUCCAUCACCCUCUUGGCUCUGGUGUAUCUGCCGGGGGUGACAGCAGCCGUGGUCCAACUUCGCAAUGGAACCAAGUAUAAGAAAUUUCCACCUUGGCUGGACAGGUGGAUGUUGGCAAGAAAGCAGCUUGGGCUUCUGAGUUUCCUUUUCGGCGUACUGCAUGCGCUGUACAGCUUAUCCUAUCCCAUGAGACGCUCCUACAGAUACAAGCUGCUCAACUGGGCGUACCAACAGGUCCAGCAAAACAGAGAGGAUGCUUGGAUUGAGCAUGACGUCUGGAGAAUGGAGAUUUACGUGUCUCUGGGUAUUGUGGGACUUGCCAUCCUGGCACUUUUAGCUGUGACCUCUAUUCCAUCUGUGAGUGACUCUCUGACCUGGAGAGAGUUUCACUGUAUUCAGAGCAAACUAGGAAUUGUUUCCCUGCUACUGGGCACAAUACACGCGUUGGUUUUUGCCUGGAACAAAUGGAUAGAUGUGAAGCAGUUUGUGUGGUAUACGCCCCCGACCUUUAUGAUAGCUGUCUUGCUCCCCAUCGCUGUGCUGACAGCUAAAGGCAUACUCUCCCUGCCGUGCUUGAGGAAGAGGAUACUGAAGAUCAGACGUGGCUGGGAAGAUGUCACCAAAGUGAAGAGAACCGAGACGUCUUCCCAGCUGUAGAAUUACUGUUUACACACAAUUCUGUUCCAUAGUUAUAUAUUCCAUCAUAAAUAUUUCAAAGUUGUCUUUAUAAAUAAAAUGAUCAU